AUGCUCCGGGACAACAACAUCGACGAAGGCCUAUUGGAGCAAACAUUUUGUAUUGUCGAAGAGACCGGCAACAUCUGCCCUACACUGACGCCUCGUGUGGAAAGCGCGUUGCUGGUCAAGGUAGACAAUGGCGGCACCGAGUCGAUGCAGCAGCAUGGCCUCGAUGUGUUUCUAAUGGGUGUCAUUGGAACGGCACGCGACCACUUGCCAGUCGAUGUUGCUAUCGACCGGAAUGCUUCAGAGGCUAGCAUGACCAAACAAGUUAACCGCCCUGACUAUCUGUGCUCAAUUAAUGGCCAGCUUGUGUUCAAGGGCGAGGAGAAGAAACGCGGGGAUGUUCGCACAAUUGCUCGUGAACUCAUCGACAAGAUGCUGCCUGGUGUGGUCGGCAAAAAUGGCAGACUAGCGUAUUUGUUUGGCUAUGCAACGGCGGGAACACGUGUCUUGUUCGAGUGCAUAUACGACGACAUGAAAAUGCACGAAUGCUCGGACAUUUUGGACCUGGCCAAGCUGCGUGACCGCAUCACAAUGAUCAUGAUCCUCGUGAACAUCAUCCGGAUAUCUCGCGCCAUGCUGGACAAAUAG